AUGGCAUCUAACUCGCCGGAAAACGAGACACCCAACGAACGGCCUUCUAAACGCAGACGCGUGGCUAUCGCUUGCGAUGCAUGCCGAACCCGUAAAUCCCGAUGUGAUGGCAAGCGGCCUAGCUGCUCGUUAUGUCUAGAUUUGGGAUUUGAAUGUGUUUACACGCCUCCACCAACGGCUGCUAAUGUUAUUGUGCAAAAGGAUUAUUUGCACGGUCUUGAGGAGAGAGUCAAGAGGAUUGAGGCGUCCUUGGGGUCUGUCAGGGGUGAUCUGGACGGGUUGACGAAGAGGGUCGAUUGUGGACUAGAAAGGCCUGCUCUUUGUGAUCAUGAUUCGAGAGCAGGUCAAGAUGAGACGAGGGUUGCUGCCCCGAUGCCUGACCUAAUCGGGACUGAGGAUUCGGUCGAUGGUAUGGGCGCGGUGAUUUUUGCUGAUGAGGAGGAUUCUGGAUUCUUCGGACCUUCUUCAAACAUUGCAUUUCUCAGACAUCUGUCGAGUGCUAUUGUCCAGCCUGGGUAUUUUCCUUCUCCAGGCGCUGCUGAGGGUGGCUUUGUGAAUGCAUCGAGACCAUCAUCACCGGUACGCCGAAUAGGCCAGGAAAAGCCGGCGCCAGUGCGAAUAUUUGCAUUACCGCCCCAGGAAAAGACUUUGGAGCUCAUUCAACGGUAUUUUUCUAACACGGGGUUAUUAUUCCCCUAUAUAUACCCACCCGUGUUUCUGGAGACAUAUCACCAGAUGGCACGAGAGAAUUUCAGUCGGGUACGGAGGACUUGGCUUGGAUUGUUGAACAUGGUGUUGGCCAUGGCUACUAUCACUGCAGUCCCUGGCAGUGCCAGCGCGGAUGCACGGAUCGAAGGAUCUGACGUUUUCUACCAGCGUGGCCUUGGUUUGUGUGGGAGUGAAAUCCUGCGAGGGACAACUCUUGAAGUGGUCCAAUAUUUGCUUUUGAUGGGCCAGUACCUCCAGGGUACGCAAAAGUCAAUACAGGCGUGGACAGUCCAUGGAUUAGCUGUUAAAGCUGCUCUCCAACUUGGACUACAUUCACGACAUGCGUCCAAAUCCUUUUCUACUAUCGAUCAGGAAAUGCGCAAGCGCACUUGGUACGGAUGUGUGGUUUUAGACCGAACUUUGAGUAUGACUUUUGGCAGACCGGCAGCUAUUCCAGAUAGCUACGUCAAGCUCGAACUGCCUACCAAACAUGAAUUUGAGAACUCAACAGGAUUCGUGAACGAUGAAACAGCGGCCUUGAGCGUGGCGUUCUUCAACUCGACAAUUGGACUCUAUAAGCAGCUCUGGAACACUCUAGAGCUUCUUUACGGGCAAAACAUUGGAUGCGAUGGUCCCUUGCCAGUCAGCGAGACUGUGGCCCACAUCUUCGGUUUGGAACAGCAUCUGUUUUCCUGGGAGCGGUCGCUAGCUCAUCCAUUCCAACUUAUAUCAUCAGCUAGCAUUGAGAGAAUGCCUCAUGAUCAGAUUCCGUCCGAUCCACAACUAUUGUCCUCGAAAUUCCAGGUUAUCUUGACGUUGAGAUAUCUUAACCUUCGAGUCCUGCUUCAUCGCCCAAUCCUGGUGAAAUUCAUUACAGCGAGCAGGUCUCCUGACCGUGACCCCCAGGAUAUGAGACUAUUGCAACAGAUCGGUAUGAACAGUUUGCAGAUAUGUGCAGAUUCCGCGAUGGAGAUUAUUGAUAUCGUCCACCGUGUUGUGUCCGAACCUGGAUGGAAGCGUAGCCUGCUGGGGGCUUGGUGGUUCUCAUUAUAUUAUACUUUCAACGCAGCACUUGUCCUCAUCGGCGUAGGCUGGGUAUACCGUGACGCCAGCCUCACAAUCUCUCCGAUGACAGACCAAGCAAACAAAGCUAGACAAUAUCCUGGCCGUGCGGUAGCAGCACUUUCCAAGCUUGAUGAAGGAAAUCGGUUGAUCGAUCGAUGUCGGUAUUACUUGGAACAAUUCGGCAAGGUUUUGAAUAAUCCUGAAACGAAUUUUGAUGCAUCGACUACGAAUUUCUCCACUCUCCAUGGUGCUCGAACAGGCAUCGGAGGUGACGAUCUUAGUCUCUCGCCAUUUGGUAUGGAGCUUGGCGAGUUUAUGAUGGAUGGGGAUCUUGUUGCGAUGAUGGAUCGUCAGGGACUUCUUCCCGGUGAUGCUGUUUCAACUUUCACAGCCUAA